CGCCUUAGUCGUUGCUCGGUUUCCUGCGCAUCUGGCGGGGGCUGGAUCGCUGGCGUGACGGUCCCGGCCGCUGCGGGGCUACCUCGGGGCCAGUCGGAGCCCGGCGCGGAGAGCGGGGACGCCGGCUGCUUCCGUCGAUCCCCGCCCACGCCCAGCCAGCACCCCGGGCUGGGGAGGUGGGCAUCCAUCCCAGCCCGCGCCAGGACCCGGCCGGCCUUGUUUUUUCGGAGGUCCCCGUCAUGGCGACCCAGCCGAAUUCCUCCACGAAGAAGAAAGAGGAGAAGGGGAAGAACAUCCAGGUGGCGGUGAGAUGCAGACCAUUUAAUUUGGCAGAGCGGAAAGCUAGCGCCCAUUCUGUAGUAGAAUGUGAUCACGUACGAAAAGAAGUCAGUGUCCGAACUGGAGGAUUGGCUGACAAGAGCUCAAGGAAAACAUACACUUUUGAUAUGGUUUUUGGUGCAUCUACUAAACAAAUAGAUGUUUAUCGAAGUAUUGUUUGUCCAAUUCUGGAUGAAGUUAUUAUGGGAUAUAAUUGCACUAUUUUUGCAUAUGGCCAAACUGGCACUGGAAAAACCUUUACAAUGGAAGGGGAAAGAUCACCUAAUGAAGAGUAUACUUGGGAGGAGGAUCCUUUGGCUGGUAUAAUUCCACGUACUCUUCAUCAGAUUUUUGAGAAACUUACUGCUAAUGGUACUGAAUUUUCAGUCAAAGUGUCUCUGUUGGAAAUCUAUAAUGAAGAACUUUUUGAUCUCCUUAAUCCAUCCUCUGAUGUUUCUGAGAGACUACAGAUGUUCGAUGAUCCACGUAACAAGAGAGGGGUGAUAAUCAAAGGUUUAGAAGAAAUUACAGUUCACAACAAGGAUGAAGUUUAUCAAAUUUUGGAGAAGGGAGCAGCAAAGAGGACAACUGCAGCUACGUUAAUGAACGCAUACUCCAGUCGAUCCCACUCCGUUUUCUCUGUUACAAUACAUAUGAAAGAAACUACAAUUGAUGGAGAGGAGCUUGUUAAAAUUGGGAAGUUGAACUUGGUUGAUCUUGCAGGAAGUGAAAACAUUGGCCGUUCUGGAGCAGUGGAUAAGAGAGCUCGGGAAGCUGGAAAUAUCAACCAAUCCCUGUUGACUUUGGGAAGAGUUAUUACUGCUCUUGUAGAAAGAACACCGCAUGUUCCUUACCGAGAAUCUAAACUAACCAGAAUCCUCCAGGAUUCUCUUGGGGGACGUACAAGAACAUCUAUAAUUGCUACAAUUUCUCCUGCAUCUCUUAAUAUUGAGGAAACUCUGAGUACAUUGGAAUAUGCUCAUAGAGCAAAGAACAUACUGAAUAAGCCUGAAGUUAACCAGAAACUAACCAAAAAAGCCCUUAUUAAGGAAUAUACAGAAGAGAUAGAGCGUCUGAAACGAGAUCUUACUGCAGCCCGGGAAAAGAAUGGGGUGUACAUUUCUGAGGAGAAUUUUAGAGCCAUGAAUGGAAAACUAACUGUUCAAGAAGACCAGAUUGUAGAAUUGAUUGAAAAAAUUGGUGCCCUUGAGGAGGAGCUAAGUAGGGUUACAGAAUUAUUCGUGGAUAAUAAAAAUGAACUUGAUCAGUGUAAAUCUGACCUGCAAAGUAAGACACAGGAACUUAAAACCACUCAAAAACAUUUACAAGAAACUAAAUUACAGCUUGUGAAAGAGGAGUAUGUGUCGUCGGUUUUGGAAAGCACUGAGAAGAAGCUUCAUGAUACAGCCAGCAAGUUGCUUGACACAGUUGAAGAAACUACAAAAGAUGUAUCCGGUCUCCAUUCCAAACUGGAUCGUAAGAAGGCAGUUGAUGAGCACAAUGCAGAAGCUCAGGAUAUUUUUGGCAAAAAUCUGAAUAGCUUGUUUAAUAAUAUGAAAGAAUUAAUAAGGGAUGGCAGCUCAAAACAAAAGACCAUGCUGGAAGUUCACAAGACCUUGUUUGGUAACCUGCUGUCUUCCAGUGUUUUUGCAUUAGACACCAUUACUACAACAGCACUUGGAUCUCUCUCAUCUGUUCCAGAAAAUGUGUCUAAACAUGUUUCUCAGAUUUCUAAUAUGAUAUUAGAAGAACAGUCAUUAGCAGAAGAAAGUAAAACUGUACUUCAGACAUUGCUUAAUGUACUUAAGACUGACCUUCUAAGUUCACUGGAAACAAUUUUAUCCCCCACUGUGUUGGCUGUACUGAAAAUCAAUAGUCAACUGAAGCAUAUUUUCAAAACUUCACUGACAGUGGCUAAUAAGAUAGAAGAUCAGAAAAAGGGAAUGGAUGGCUUUCUCAGUACACUGUGUGACAAUCUACACGAACUACAGGAAAAUACAAUUUCUUCCUUGGCUGAAUCACAGAAGCAGUGUGAAAAUUUAACGAAAGAACUAAAGACAAUAAAAAAAACCCAUUCACAGGAACUUUGCCAGUUAAUCAAUCUUUGGGGAGAGAGAUUCUGUGCUUUGGAGGAAAAGUGUGAAAACAUCCAGAAACCACUUCACAAUGUCCAAAAAAAUACCGAGCAGAAAUCUAAGGAUAUAAUCAGCAAAACAACUUCUCACAGUACAAAGUUUUGUGCUGAUUUUGAUGGCUUAUCACAGGAACUCAGACAUUUUAACCAAGAAGGUACAAAAUUGGUUGAAGAGUGUGCAAAACACUGUGAUAAACUCAAUCGCAACCUUGAAAUAACAUCUCAUGACAUUGAACAGAGAUGUGAGGCUCUGAACACAAGCGCGCUUGGUUUUUCUGAGCAGUGGCUAUCUGGUUUACAUAAAAGGGAAGAGGAAAUCCAGAACUUACUGCAGGUUGUAAACCAAAAUUGUGAGGUUUCAAGUUCAGAGAUUACUGAAAAAUUAAGUGGACAUAAAGAAGCUAAUGAGAACCACCGUAACAGUUUUCUUGGCCAGAUAAAUAUUGAUGAAGAAAAAUUAAUGGCACAAAGUCUAGAACUUAAUGAAACCAUAAAAAUUGGUUUGACUAAGCUCAACUGCUUUCUGCAACAGGAUCUGAAGCUGGAUAUCCCAACAGGUACAACACCACAGAGGAAAAAUUACUUAUAUCCAUCAACACUGGUGAGAACUGAACCACGUGAACUGCUCCUUGAUCAGUUGGAAAGGAAACAGCCAGAGCUGUUAACGAUGCUAAACUGUUCAGAAAACAAUCCAGAAGACACCAGUCAGGACUCGGAAGAAGAAAAGGCAGUUCUGGAGCACACUAUUGAAGAACCUGUAAAUCAAGAGCCACCUGUAGAUGCUAGUGUGGAUUGUUCCUCAAGUACAGGGGUCCCGUUUUUCCAGCAUAAAAAAUCGUAUGGAAAAGACAAAGAAAACAGAGGCAUUAAUCCAGUGGAGAGGUCUAAAGUAGAAGAAACUACUGAACAAUCUGUUACAAGAAGCAGAUUACCUCUACGAGCCCAGAUAAAUCUUUAGUUAACUCGAGGGUUUUAAAUUUUAUUUUUAAUAAAAAUGAAAAAAUAAACCCUGUAACUCGAACCUUGAGCCUUGUGUAUAGAUUAAAAACAAACAGAAAAUAUCAAGGCAAUAUUGUAAAUUUAGUUGAAUUUAAUAUGUGUUCCCAUUUUUUCUGUCAUUCCUCUGUAGUUCACUGUGUAUUAAGUUGGGUUUCAUUUGGGAUUUGCAUUGAGUAAACUUUCCUUUUAUAACAUGAAAAAUAUUUUUGUCUAUUACUAAAUAGCAAAUGUAUAGGAGCUGCACUAUUCUUCUAGGCUUGAAUGGCAACAUCACCAAUGCUUGGUCUUGGGGAGGACCAUCUCCUUUCUUUUAUCUUAUUUUUUUACUAUGAUUGAAUUAUGUCUAUAUUUGCUCGCCUCCUUCCUUAGACUUUGCCACUCUGCCUUAAGUUCCCUUUCUCCCGUUUUAUUUGUCAAUAAACCAUUUGUAGAGCUCCAGAUUGGUAUCCAUUUAUUAUGAGAUAGCCAGAAUUUUACCUUGCUAUCUUUAUUACUUUUUUUAUGGUUAUCUCUAAAAUCACUGUCAACAAUAAACAUAACCCAAGAAGGUCCUUUCAAUAUUUUUAAGUUGUUACCCCCUAGAUAUGCGUUUCCUUUCUGAGGCCUAACACAUGAGCCUCCACAGAGUUCAUAAAAAUCCCGAUUUUUAGAAUAUAGAUUGCUGUUUUGGGAGAACUACCUAAAUCUCUGAUUAAUGACUGUGUGAUCCCAUUUUAAUGCCUGUGUCUUACACAGAAAUUCACGGUGGUUUAAGGGCUUUUUGACGUUAUUAAUUAUGACUAUAACUUGUAUUCUUUUGUUUACUUGAUAAAACUGUUGUUCUUUGUAUAUAAUAAAAUAUGCAUAUGUGUAUUUUUUUUCUAUUGAAAUCUUAAUCUUUAGAAGAGCUUUGAUAAUUUUUAUCUGGCAACCAUAUUUCUGGAAGUUGAGCUAUUUCAACAUGAAGAACCAGAACACUUAGAA